AUGACAGGAGACAUUUCUACAUUGCAGGGCAUUUUUGGCGAGUGGCUGCGGUCACAGGGCAGUGCCCUGGUGGACUGGUCCAUUGCCUCGGACCAACCUUACUGCCUCAAUGCAUUGUCGGCGCUUUCCUCGGCCUUGCACGAUUGUGACAUUUCACUCUUUGGUGCAUUGCUGCAAGGAGCAGAAGCUGAUCCAGUCCUUCUUGAGGAACUGGUUCAAAUCGAGGUGGACAGUGGCUGGCUUCGUUGCAUUGACUUCUUUACCCACAUUGCAGUCAGUUCAGUGCUCGUGGCCAUUGCGAGGCUGUCACAGCUCUUCGCUGUCAUGACCGCUGCGCCGGGAAGCUCUAGUGUCUCGGGGCGCUGCCUCGACGAUGCGGCCGAGCUGGAUGAAGGCUCUGACACAGAGUCGCAUCGGCGAGCAGAUCUGACAGCAAGUCGCUGGGCUCUCGCUGAUGUGGCGUUGCCUGACACUUCGGGGCCGGACAACGAGCAGGAGCCAGCAGCUGGUUCGGGCCUGCCUCUGCCAAAGCUGACCUUGGGACAGUUCUCACGGCGUUUCCGCCUUUGGAGGCGCAAGCGCCUAGGGGCUUACCUGGCACUUCGACUGCAGCAGCUUCGUCCUCUCUUUGGCGGUGACCUCGAAGAAGUGGUCUUGGAAGAUCCUUCCCGUACCUCCGAAGCCGUAGCUGCCGGACACCGGCUUCAGGCCGAGGCCGCUGCACUGGCCAGUCAUCAACGACAACAAGAACGCGUGGAUAUGCUGUUCGAAGUCACUGCUCAGCUCGGCCAUCGCCUUGCCUUAGCGGAGAUCCAGAUCCAAUCGCUGCAGGAGGCACGCCAGGGUCAGGUGGCACGUUUGAGGGAGGAAAAUCGCCUUCUGCGCAUCAGACUGGGCACUUUGGAGGACAGAGUGGCCAGGCUCGAAGCUCAGGGUUCAGCCGACCCCGGCGACUUUCUUCUCCGUCUCGAAGGCCUCACAUUCUUGGGAUUGAGGCGUCUCCUCUUCGGGCGGGCUUCGGAGUAUGUGCAGUAUCCGGCAUCGGGUCUCAGUGCGAAUAUCUGGCCAGUGUCCAUCCUGGUUUCUGAGGAGUUAUCAUUGGAUCUCGGGUCUUUAAAGCAGUUCAACAUUGCAGAUAUCCUUUUGUCUUUGCAUAGGGGGGAUGUUCACAUCUCCAAUGCUCUGAAAGCUCUCCGCUGGGCGGCUAAAGCAUUGCGCCUGCGGCUUCCGGAUCUUUAUGGUGGUCUUCUGCUGGGUGUUGAAUCUAGGGUUCUUUCGGAUCGCAAGGAGGCUUUGCCACUCCCGAUUUUCAUUCUGGCAGCUUGGGAACGCUUCCUCUUAAGUGAGGAGGGGGAGACCGGGUUUCGAUUGUUCAUCGGGGGGCUCCUGAUUGCGGCGAACGCCAGUUUGCGCUUCAGCGACUGUCAGCAUGUAUUAUGGUCCUCGCUGCAGGCCGGCAGGGACUGUCUCAGGGCCAUCUCUUAUCGCACCAAGUCUUCUCGGGGAGGCAUGCCAUUUGGGCUGGUCUCGUCUGGAUUCUACGGGGACACUGCUGCAUAUUAUCACUCCUGGGUUUGCAAGUAUUUGUUUCUUCUGGGUUGCGAAUGGGAUCAUAUCACGGAGCGUUUUGGGGAGACGGUCCCCGAUGCUCUCUUCUUUUUGUCAGACGAAAUGGAGUGGAGACCGAUGUCAUACGCCCAGGCGUUGUCGGCCUUCCGAGGUGCUUUAGUGGCGGCGGGGCUUUCGCCGCACGAGGCUGGCAAUUACACUUUGCACUCAUUGAAGACAUCAUUGUUGGCCUCGCUGGCUCAACUUCAGGUUUCUUUCAAGAAACGGGGCCUACAAGGCCAUCAUCGUUCUUCUUCCAAUGGGUGUGUUUUGCUUUACAGCCGCGAUGAUGUUCAUGGUGCUCUGUCACUUCAACAGAUGUUUUGGGAUAAAGUUCGUUCGGGCUGGUUGCCAUUGACUCCACAAGCACGCGGCGGUUUGCACCCAGCCAAGCAAAUGAUGAUUGACAUAUCGGCCCUCCCGAUUGCAGCUCAGGUGGCGCCCCCGGCCCCGCCAGUCCCUGCCCCGGAGGAGGUG